ACAAGGACGAGCAAGGUCCCAUUUCUGAGGCCUGGGACGUGGACCCGGGCCUGAUUACCAAACUGAAGGAGCAGUACAAAAAGGAGCGCAAAGGGAAAAAGGGGGUGAAGAGGCCAAACCGGUCCAAGCUGCAGGACAUGCUGGCUAACCUGAGAGACGGCGAGGAUCUGUCCCACAUGCAGCCUCCGUCAACGCCACAAUCCAGGCCGAACGCCGCCCGCUUCAACGAGCACGAACCCAACAGAACGGACGAAGUCGAGGCGCUGACCUUCCCGCCCACCUCGGGGAAGUCGUUCAUCAUGGGCGCAGACGAGGCCAUGGAGAGCGAGCUGGGGCUGGGCGAGCUCGCCGGGCUCACCGUGGCCAACGAGGCCGACAGCCUGGCGUACGACAUCGGGAACAACAAGGACGCCAUGAGAAAAACGUGGAACCCCAAGUUCACCCUGCGGAGCCACUUUGACGGGAUCCGAGCGCUGACCUUUCACCCCGUGGAGCCCGUACUCGUCACAGCCUCGGAGGACCACACGCUGAAGAUGUGGAACCUGCAGAAGACCGCUCCCGCCAAAAAGAGUACAUCUUUAGACGUAGAACCCAUCUACACCUUCAGGGCUCACAGGGGGGCGGUACUGAGCGUGGUGAUGAGCACCUCAGGGGAGCAGUGUUUCAGCGGAGGGGUCGAUGGGACCAUUCAGUGCUGGAACACCCCCAACCCCAACAUCGACCCGUACGACUCCUACGACGCGUCGAUGCUGCGUGGAGAGUUGUGCGGACACACCGACUCAGUCUGGGGUUUAGUGUACAGCAGCGCUCACCAGCGCCUCCUCUCCUGCUCUGCGGACGGGACCGUGAGGCUGUGGGACGCCAACACCACCUCCCCCGCCCUCGCCGUGUUCAACGAGGACAAAAACCUGGGAGUCCCCUCCUCAGUGGACCUGGUGUGCAGUGACCCCGCCCACCUGGUGACCUCCUUUACAAACGGACAGAUCGGACUCUUCAACAUGGAGACCCGUCAGCUCGUCCUCAGCCUGGAGUCCAAUCUGGAGCCGGGCUCUCCGUGUCAGAUCAACAAGGUCCUCAGCCACCACUCUCCGAUCACCAUCACGGCUCAGGAGGACCGACACAUCAAGUUCUUCGACAACAACAGCGGGAAGAUGAUCCACUCCAUGGUCGCCCACCUGGACGCCGUCACCAGUUUAGCCGUGGAUCCAAACGGACUCUAUCUCAUGUCGGGCAGUCACGACUGCUCCAUCCGUCUGUGGAACCUGGAGAGUAAAACCUGCAUCCAGGAGUUCACGGCUCACAGGAAGAAGUCCGAGGAGUCGAUCCACGACGUGGCGUUUCACCCGUCCAAGUGCUACAUCGCCAGCGCCGGGGCGGACGCUCUCGCCAAAGUGUUUGUAUGACGCGGAGCUCUCACUGCAGCUCCGCCCGCUGACCCCGCCUCCAGUGAUCAGGGACCAAUAGAGACACAGGAGGGGAGGGACCCUCAGGCGCUGGUCCAGCCCCGCCCCCCCUCACAGCCCUCUGGUUUCAUGUCGGACUGUCAGACCGUGUAGCCUCAAACGGGGGCUAGACCGGGGAGGAGGAGGAGAACUGCUCGAGUCCCUCAUCGACCAUCCAGGCAGGCCUGGGUGUGACCACACACACACACACACACACACACACACACACACACACACACACACACACACACACACACACACACACACACACACACACACACACACACACACACACACACACACAGAGUGCCCCCGUCAUGACCCCCAGACUCAAACCUCACCUCCUCUGCAGCGAGGAGGCUCAGGACAAGUGUUAAAGAGAGCAGAGACUCUUCUGGCCCCCGUGACUUCACGCUCAUCCUGGAUCCUCUUAGACUAACUGAGACCGGGUCUCCCACUCCCAGUCCUCCCACUCCCAGUCCUCCCACUCCCAGUCCUCCCACUCCCAGUCCUCCCACUCCCAGUCCUCCCACUCCCAGUCCUCCCACUCCCAGUCAGGUUUCAUGUCGUGUUGUUCCAGAGAUGUCGGGUAGUGAAGGCUCUCUGGAGCUGUCGUGGAAGCCCCUCCCUCACCCCCCCUCCCACCCCUGUCGUGGAAGCCCCUCCCCCCUCGCCUCCUUCUUCUUCUUCUUAUUUUUUAUUCUUCUUCUCUGCUUCCUGUUCAGACUCCACUCGCUGGCCUGCCUUUGUUUUCCUUUUUGAAACGUUUUGUCAAAAUGUGCCUUUGCUUUAAAAAGGUCUCGGAAAAAAUGUUAUUUUAACAAGCUUUGUUUUUGGGGGGCGAGGGGACGGCGACGGGGAUGGCGAUGGCGAUGGCGAGGGAGAAACGGAGCCAAUGAUCACAAUGUUGUUAAUUUUUAAACAUCGGAUGUAAAAUUACAAAUGCUUAUAAUAAACAAAAUCUAUAUUCAGUCUUAAGAUUUACUGUGCAGCGUGAGUUUGAGUGCUCCUCUUCGAUAGAUGCGGCUGGGGAAGCGAUUUCCGUGCAUUUCACGGCGGCGAAGCCGUGAGACGGAGACGGACCGCUGAAUAUUUAAUGUCUGUUCAUUAGAGGUAAUUGUACGAUUCAAAGUAAACCAUCUUGGUUAUUUAACUACAAUCACAUUUGGUUCUCGAUGUGUUAGGAACAGAUUUGGCCGCUUUGCUCCCGUUUGACUUAAACGACUUGUACUGUACGUAGAUUCCCCGACCGACCGUGUGGACACGCUCGACUACGACGUGCCGCAUCACGUCCCGAUAUUUACAGUAGUCCAAGUGGUUAGCCGGACGUUAGUGCAGGACUGUUUGAAACCAUGUUGGGUCCACCGUCCGACGCUGACGGAGGAGCGAUGUCCGAAAGAUUCCGGCGCUUUGCUGUAAACUGUGAGGAGGAAAAAAACAAUCCUGGGAUUCGAAAAAAAAAAGAAUCAAUCGAGAUGUUGUACGAGACGAGUGCAGCUUCAAUGAGCCAUUUUCUCAGUCACUGGUUUGUAUAUGAAAGUAUGUUCAAAUAAAAACCUGCUGUAAAACCACAA